CACCCUGUUUUUGUUUAUGAAAUUAGUAUAUGUUGUUUUACUAUGGUCAUAAUUUGUUCAAGAUGUUUUCUUAAAAAAAGGAAAAAGUUGUGACCUUGAGGGAAUGAAAAUAAGGAAGAAAAAAAAAAGACAGAGAGAGUGAUGAAGCACAGAAAAACGUGUAAUCAAUCAGAAGAAAAGAGAAAGAUGGAGCUGUGGAACAGAGCCCGAAGCUUUGCGGAAGAAGCAGCGAAACGAUCGAAUGAUCUGUCCUUGGGAGCUUCCAAAUUGAGCGAUAUCAUUACAGAGACAACCAAAGAGAUAGCGGCACAAGCUUCCAAGCACUUGACCCAACCUUCGCUCAUAAACGACGUCGAUCUCCACCGUUUUGGCAUCACCGAAGAGUUGAGAGAAUUCGUCAAAGGGAUCACCAUCACUACCUUUGAAGAUUUCCCCCUUGAAGAUGAUACGGAAUUUUCUGAUGUUCCUGCGAUUUCAAAUGUCAGGCAGGAUCUAACCGAUUGGCAGGAAAAACAUGCCGGUCUUGUUCUUUCUACCGUCAAGGAGAUUUCUCGAUUGAGGUAUGAACUGUGUCCACGAGUCAUGAAAGAGAGGAAGUUUUGGAGAAUAUAUUUUAUACUUGUGAAUAAUCAUACUGCACCCUAUGAGAAUAAGUACAUGGAAGAUGAAAAACUAAAAUCUUCUGAACAAGGAAAAGAUCGCAUAGUCACGAUGAAACCAUUAAAUGCUGAAUUGAUCUGUAACCAAGAGGCGCAGGAAAUGCCAAAAAAGGACAAUUUAUCAACUUCAACUGAGCAAGACUUGGAUGUAUUUCUUCUGGGAGACGGAAACAGUGAUGAUGAGCCCGAUGAUGGCGAUGGAAGAUACAAUGAAGAUUUGGACAAACUGAUGGAUAAUUCGGAUGAUGAGAAAGGGAAAUGACAGAUGUUGGAUGAAAUUAUUGGCUGACACAUACGAUGGCUGAUAAGUUUUGUGAUGCCUACGUUUAUUGUUUCAACCCUUUCUUGCAACUUUAUUUAAGUGUUAGUAGUAGUUUCCCCUGAAUGUUGGGUUUCUGAUCAUAAAAUUUAUGAUUAUACGGUGUCCAGAGCUUUGUUGUUGUUUAAAUGUUUUUUUCUCUUAGCGUGUAAAAAAGUACACAUUGAAUGUUCAGAAAGGAAAAGGAAAAAUCAUACUUAUAUUAAUUGUAGAUCCUUUUGUAUGGACA